AGAGGGAGAGAGAGAGAGGUGUGCAUGUCAGGGGAAGCACUCAGCGAUGUUUUGUGGAUCAGUAGACUUCUCUACUGACCCUCUGCCUUGCUGCAGGCACAAUUCUUCUCUCCUUUAAAUUGUUUCUUUCCACACAUCUCUUCUGCUCCUACCUCCUAACCUUUCAGCCUUAGCUUUUUUUUUCUUAGCUUUUUUUUAAAUUUUUUUACCUUAACUUUCCUUCCCUCUCUCUCCCUCCCUCCAUCACUCCCUCCGUUCUACUACCAUGCACCCCCUCUGAGCUCUCACCCGCGGUCACAACCGUCGCCAUGGAUAUCGGAGGCUUGACAACCGUGGUCGCCAACUCAGCCUACAUCAACGCCCGCGGCAGCUUCGAUGGCUCCAGUGCGGCGGCGGCGCGCGACAAGAAGUUCCACAGCCGCCUCAAGCUGCCCCACAUCACGGUGUGCGAGGGCCUGGCGGACACGACAGACCUCAGCUUCACCUCCGUCUGCGUGGAGCAGCCCAUCGGCAAGCGCCUCUUCCGCGAGUUCCUGGAGGCGGCUCCGGAGUACAAGGCUCCCUGCAACUUGUGGAGGGACAUCGAGGAGUACGACCUCGCGGAGGACUCGGACCGCGUCCGCAAGGCCUCCAAGAUCGUCCAGCGUUACCUGGAGCCCACUGCCAAAUUGUACUGCCCCUUCCUGACCCCGGAGGUCAUCGCCCAGGCCAAGGAUGGCCAGGAGGCGGCCGGGGAUGGGCUCUUUGCCCCCGUGUUGACCUCUGUCCUGGGCUACCUCCAGGAGGUGCCCUAUGUGUUCUUCCUGGAGGGCAUGUUCUUCAAGAGGUUCCUGCAGUGGAAGUGGCUGGAGAUGCAGCCCAUGGAUGCCGAAUGGUUUCUGGAUUUCCGCGUGCUGGGGAAGGGCGGUUUCGGGGAGGUGUCGGCCUGUCAGAUGAAGGCCACGGGGAAACUGUACGCCUGCAAGAAGCUCAACAAGAAGAGGCUGAAGAAGAGGAAAGGCUUUGAGGGGGCGAUGGUGGAGAAGAGGAUCCUGGCCAGGGUUCACAGCCGCUUCAUUGUGACGCUGGCCUACGCCUUCCAGACCAAAGACGAACUCUGCCUGGUCAUGACCAUCAUGAACGGAGGAGACCUGAAGUACCACGUCUACCUGGUGGAUGAGGACAACCCCGGGUUCGACGAGGCCCGAGCCUGCUUCUACACGGCCCAGAUCAUCCAGGGCAUGGAGCACCUGCACCAGAAGAGGAUCAUCUACAGAGACCUCAAGCCUGAGAACGUGCUGCUGGACAAUGAAGGGAAUGUGCGUAUAUCUGACCUGGGUCUGGCUGUGGAGUUGAAGGAGGGCCAGGAGAAGAUCAAAGGCUACGCUGGCACGCCAGGGUACAUGUCUCCGGAGAUGCUGAAAGGAGAAAAGUACGACACGUCAGUAGACUACUUCACCCUGGGGGUCACUCUCUACGAGUUCAUGGCUGCCAGGAACCCCUUCAGAGACAGAGGAGAGAAGGUGGAACGAGACGAGCUGAAGGACCGCAUCCUGAACGGCACGGUGGUUUACCCAGAAUCCUUCAGCGAGAACUCCCGCUCCCUGUGCGACGCCCUGAUGGCUAAAGAAGUGGACAAGAGGAUGGGCUUCCGGAACAACAGCUGUGAUGACAUCAGAACUCACCCCUUCUUCGCCGGCAUCAACUGGAGGAAACUGGACGCAGGCAUUCUGCCCCCACCCUUCGUCCCUGACUCCAAGGUGGUGUAUGCCAAGGACCUGGAUGACGUGGGGGCCUUCUCCACGAUCAAGGGCGUGGGCCUGGAUGACCCAGACCGGGUGUUCUUUGACGAGUUCUCCUCGGGCAACAUUCCCAUCCCCUGGCAGGAGGAGAUGAUCGAGACGGGGAUCUACGGAGAGCUCAACGUGUGGGGCCCGGCCGGCUCCGUUCCCAACGACCUCCGCAGGGAGUCCAUCCUGGAGCAGCCCAAAUCCUCCACCUGCUGCCUGUCCUAGACGAGCGAGGCCGCCGUCCAAUCCGCUGUUCCGGAAGUUUCCAGGAUGUCUGUGGUUCCCCCCCCCCCCCCCCCGUAUUCUAGAGAAAUGUGUCUAGGCCCCUCUCGGGGGCGGGACAACUUCACCGCCACGAGACAGGUCCCUGGGAGACGGCAGUCUGGAGCAGGAAGCAAGCGUUGCUGAGCCUAAUUAGAAUGUUUUAAUAAUAAUAGUGAUAUGGGGAAGUGUGCACACGUUGAUGUUUGGAUCGGCGUGCCGUGGAGCCAUCACCAGCACUGACCAGGCGCUCGCACACACACACACACCACGCUGGAGGUGGGCCUCUAGACCAGACAACCCUUGAUUCUGGGAUGGUUUCAUCGGCUCCCUGCUUCAGGGGCUGUGCAGACACAGGUCAUCAUAGGUCACUGUGAUGGAUUCUACUAAUUGAGACUUUGAAACUGUACAUAUCUAAUUGUGUUUGUUUUCUGGAUCAGCGGGUGUCGAAAGACAGAGUUAAAGAGAGUUUGAGAGAGUUAUCUAGACCUCAUAUUGUACAUGGUUCUGGAGUGAAACCAAGAGCAUGUUUUUUAGUUUGGGAAAUAUUGUGGUGCUAAGAAACUAAUACAUAUCUGUUAACUAUAGACAUGCUGAUGUUGAAUUAUUUGUCUUUCCAUAGCAGUAUUGUAAGGUGAAUGAUGUAGAGGUAGUGAAGUGUAUCUGUAUUAAAUAUGCUUUCGGUAUAGAUUUAUAAUGAUGUAACGUGUAAACUGACAAUGAAGCACCUAAAUAUGACUAGAGAAAAUGGUCACUUCAAGAAACUAGGAAUCAUUAUGUGUAAAAUAUGUGUUACAAUCAUGUUUCAAAAAUAUGUUAAAGGUUCUUUUCCUCAAUGUCAUUAUAGAAACCAUGUACUUUGCAUGUGGCCACUAAACAAAACGGAUUCAUUGUUAUUUGUGUCAGUGACCUGGUUCACACAAAUAAUGGAUGGAAUGUUCCUUUAAUGCUGACUAUACAAUGGCAAUAGAGAGUGUAGAAGAUAGUGAUGUCUUUCACUGUCAUUAAGAACAAUUUAUUAAGCACAAAUUGGAUGAAAUCAAUUUAUUAUACAUAUGAAAAAUUGGUAAAUAAAACAGGAUUUAGAAAAGUACUGUUUAUAGUCCUUUUUGUUUCUUUUGUGGGUUUCUGUGUGAAUAAGUUAAACAAUAGAAAACACAGCUCAGAGGAAUGUUAGUAAAAUAAUAGAAUCACG